UUCUACUGCCAAGCUCAUGGCAUGUGAGAGUUGAAUUGUUGUUUCAUGAACAACAAUUCAAAGUACGAUUCGUUUCAUUUUCAGCAAUUAUGUUUUCCUUUAGCAUAAUGAUUUGUGUUCUCUUGGCUACCGAUCAGAGGAAGAUUAUGCAUUCUUAACACUCAAGACUUCAUGGUUAUGUCUUCUAGUGGGAGUUUUAUACAUGAGUAAAGAUAAUGCGGUCUCCAAUGUAAAAUUUUAUUUUUCCUUUUUAAAAUAAAAUAUUUUUUAAAGUGAAAAUGAAAUAAUAAACAAGAAAAUAAAAUAAUUACUCAAUUUAUGGAGUAAAUCUAUGUUAAUUCCAUUAUGAACUGAAAAAUAGAGUGAAACAAAAUCCAUUUUAAAUUAAAUUAUGGAGUAGAGUUGGAUAUGUCUUGAAAAUCCCCCGUAUUACUUAGAAUCAAUAGAGAGUAACAACUAAAAGACCAGCCUCAAAUGCCAUUGCACCCCAACAAGGGGAUAUCUCAAAAUGCUAGCUUCAAUGCAGCUAAACCUGAUGCUGUUAAAAGUGCAUAAUAUUCUUUUUUUUUGUUAAUGUUUAGCCUCUUACUUGGUAAUGCAUUUUGAGAUUUGGAAAAAGAAAAAAAAAAAAAGAGAAAAAAGAAACAGUCACACGUUUAUUUGAUUUGAAAUGAAUAGGAUACAAACAGUUACACCGGAUAGAAAGAAAAAGCAGAUUCCUUCCCCGAAACAAAAGCCGGAGCAGAGGGUAACUCCAAAAACCUGAUAACCGUUGAAUUUUCACUGCCGAACACAAACUCGUAAGAGGGAUAACGUCGGUCAGACUUCUGGAUGGUGAAAAUGCUGUCACUGCUUGACCGCGAUCCCGUCGGGACUAAUUCGUAUUCUCUUGUCCACGAGUUAAAUGCAAAUCUCCAAUACCCGGACUUGCUGCAUGUCUUGCCAAGUGGCAUCCAAAUGUUAAGCUCUGUCGAUACACGUACGCCCCCGAUGUCUUCUCUUACCAUAUUAAACAUAAUUUGUACACGUUCUCCUAAGGAAUAACUUGUUGGGACAACUGCCAGUGUAUCUGGGCAUGAUGUCCGAAAAGAGCCAGGGUAAAGCCAUGAAUCUCUUUCCUGAUGCCAGUGGUGGACGUAAUAUAGAGUACCGGGCUUUACAGGCUUCCCUUGGUAAUCAAGCACAAAUUCAUUCACACCAGAAACGACAGCAGAUGAUGUUACUGCAACGAGCAAGAAAGAUAUCAUUGUGAUUCCAACUGCUGUUUUCAUUUUUUUUCUCUGCGUUCUCGCUUUUUCUUUUGUUUAGUUGCUUUGAUGAUGCUAAUUAGUGCUUCCUUGUGCAUAUAUAUAGAGGUUAGCUAAGGAUAUAAUAAUAAUGCGUGUUUCAAUACCCAUUAUUAUUAUAUUUUUCUACUCAAGUCAUGUUCGAACGGGGGCUUACGUUUAUUUUAUUCCUUUACAAGCUGGAAACUGAUUACGAAUUGAUCUCGUCAAAGCUACCUUGUGAUUAAGAAUAAUAGUUUAAGUAAUCACGCUUAAGGCGAGCUUAUAAUGGCUCUUUUUCUCUCUACAUUUUAAUGUGGAACGUGUUACCAGGCUGGAGAUUACGAGUGGGAUCUUAGUCAACGCCAUUGAUGUGGAUCCUAUUCGUAAAGAAAACGACUCUCCGCAGUUACUUCAAAACUGUGAGAGCUAUUAAAAUAAGCUUUGCUUAAUUGUUUUUCCAUGCGAUUUUGUGAUUACCAAUUGAUCUCAGUCAACGCUACAUACUAAUUAAGAAAUUAUUUUAACUAAACACACUUCCGGCGAGUUUAUAAUGUCUUUUAUACCAUUCUUGUCUUUUUAUAAUCUACUUGAAAUGCUGAACGUGCUAUCAUUCUUUUUUUUUUCCCUUGCAACCUGGAGAUUACGAGCGGAUCUCAGUCAACGCCACUGAUAGGAAUACGAUGUGGAGGGUCAUCCACACUUAUCUCAACCUGUCAAAUUUAUUUAAAUAAGCUUUGCUUAAUUUUUUUGCGUCUACGAUUUUAACAUAAUGAUGAUGAUUCAUGCAUCCCACUUUGACAACAGCCUUUUUGAUUUUUGACUUUCCUUUAUAGCUAAAGAUAUAUUUUGGGUGGAACAAAAAACAGACUUUGGGAUUAAUUAGUCCGGUUCGGCUACACGUUUUUGCUGUUGUUGGUCAAUAUUCAAAAAUGAACAUGCUUCUACACCUUAUCAACGGAACCUCAGUAUACACAGCCAUUCAUGAGCAGCUACCGUGACCAAUACGUAAGCAUUUAUGAUGGUUUCAAGAUUAUCAUGCUAACUUACAAUCACAAAUUCUCAAUGUAUAUCUAUUUAUCUACCCGACAAGAUAGAUGGAUUGGAAGAAAUGGCAAACUACUCCUACUCCUGGAUUCUUGGAUAGUCACAUUCCGAGUUACAGGGAGAAACUUUAAGAAUUUGGAACCCCAAAUUUCAAGAUCUCAUUCGGUUUUUAUGGUAUCAAAUUUAGAAAAGCAGUUACAUUCUUUUGAUUAGGCCUGCUGUUUCGGUUUUUCCGGUUCAGCCACAAUCCCACCGAAAUGAACCGAAACAGUUUCUGGUUAUUUUUUGGUUUUUUAAAUUUUCCAAAAAAUUGACUUUUAGGAUUUCUGUUAUAUUUUUCUAAAAUUCAGAUAGUUUUGGUCAGUUCGGUUAAUUUGGGGGGGAGGGGGGUUCAGUUUGUUAUUUUAAAAAAAAAUUCUAAAAACUGCAAACCGAAAGAUAACCAAAAUAUUUUUCAAAAACAUACCAAACUAAACCCAACUCAAAACCGUAACCAAACCGAAAACCGAAAAUUUUGGCUCGGUUCUGUGCGGACAAAAUCCUUAGGCAGUUUUGAUCUUUGUCUAAGAGUAGCUAUUUGUGUCAUUGGUUUGCAGGUUAAAGGCAAAGCUGCGAUUGAUGUUGUCUGCAACCCAUUGGGGAAAUCAGGCGGUGCACUAAUCCAGCAGUUUCCCCAAUGGUAUAGUCACUGCUUGGCUAGCUGCGGCUAAGUCUCUUGAAGGACAGUUCAAAACUCUGAUGUCUGAACUCUGAAGAAGAGCUUGAGAGAACUGCAUCGCUCAAGAUUCCUGUUGUGUCUUCUGAAGAAGCAGGGGAAUCUACGAGCCAACUACCGGAGACAUCUUCCCCGAGUAGUAUUUAGAUGAUGAUGACGGAUAAAAAAAAGGAUUUUGAGAUUGUGUUACGUGAGUGUCAUGUCAUGCUUUGGUCGGAACAAGAUUUUGAUAGUGAGAAGACUUAAAAGUCAACCGUUUAGUCAUGUCAUGCUUUUUCUUUUGGUUCUCUUGAUACCAAUAACAUACUAAGUUUAUAAAUUUGAUAAUGUUAUCAAUAAUCUACUCUGUCUUGAUUCUACUUGAUUCAUCACAUAUGAAGUUCUUAAUUAAUUAUAAAAAUGUGUCUUCUUUAUCGUUAAAGGUCACACCUACAAUACGCACUAGUGUCCGUCUUUUUCACCACCAAAGACACUCUCUUCCACUAUCUCGAUAUUCCCAAGCUCCUCUUCUUCCUGCGAACUUUCUGGAGCUUCGAAGAUUGGAGGAAGAUGAUGCAUUCUUAACACUCGAGACUUCAAGAGGCUGUGUCUUCUAGUGGGGGGUUUUUAAACAUGAGGAAUGAAAAUUAUGUCUCUCGUCCUUUCACUCGUGCCCUUGCCUCUGCUUUGCGCGCUUCUACUACACAGAAUCAACAGAGAGCAAACACUAAAAGACCAGCCUCUGAGGACAAGAACGUCACUGCACCCAAUAAGAAGAACAAGGGAGCAGUUCUAGCGGAUAUCUCAAAUGCCAGCUUCAAUGCACCUAAACUUGAGGCCAAAAACAUCAAGCAGGUAAAGAAAGGACGGGGUACAUCUCAGUUGGCAUCAUCUUGUGUUACUUCAGAAAACACAAAACUUCAGUCCAAGACUGAUGAAAAAGCUGAAGCUGUAUCAGUGACAGCAGGAAGCAUGUCUUUUUGUAAAGACACACAUGAUACAGCUGAUAACUGUAAUUUCAGAUUGCCUCCAAGACCUCUUGGGAGAUCAGCUUCUAUAGUUGAGAAAAGUGAUGUAAUUGGUAGUUCAACUGCACUAGAUAUCCCAAAAUUCAUAGACAUUGAUUCAGAUGACAAGGAUCCUUUACUCUGCUGCCUCUAUGCCCCUCAAAUCUACUACAGCCUGCGUGUCUCAGAGCUUAAGCGCAGACCGGUUCCUAACUUCAUGGAGAGAAUACAGAAGGAUGUCACUGAGUCCAUGCGAGGGAUUCUGGUAGAUUGGCUUGUGGAGGUCGCUGAGGAAUACACGCUUGUACCUGACACUCUUUACCUCACAGUAUAUCUCAUAGACUGGUUUCUCAACGGAAACUACGUGGAAAGAAAUAGACUUCAACUCCUCGGCGUCACUUGCAUGCUAAUUGCCUCGAAGUACGAGGAGAUCUAUGCACCACGCAUUGAAGAGUUUUGCUCCAUCACUGAUAACACCUACACAAGAGAUCAGGUCCUGGAGAUGGAGAACCAAGUACUUGCGCAUUUUAGCUUUCAAAUAUACACUCCCACUCCAAAAACGUUCCUAAGGAGAUUCCUCAGAGCAGCGCAUGCCUCUUGCCAGAGCCUGAGCCUAGGGGUUGAGCUAGAGUUUCUAGCGAGCUAUCUAAUGGAGUUGACAUUGGUAGACUAUCAUUUCUUGAAGUUUCUUCCUUCGGUCAUCGCUGCUUCAGCUGUUUUUCUUGCCAAGUGGACAUUGGACCAAUCUAACCACCCAUGGAAUCCAACACUUGAGCAUUACACAACGUACAAAGCCUCAGAUCUGAAAGCAUCUGUUCAUGCUUUACAAGAUCUGCAGCUUAACACCAAAGGUUGCCCGUUGAGCGCUGUACGCAUGAAGUAUAAGCAAGAGAAAUUCAAAUCUGUGGCGGUUAUCACAUCUCCUAAAUUACUUGACACACUUUUCUGAAGGGGCUACGUUUCUACCAAUAAUAGAUUUAGUAACAUUGAUGGUGGUCCAGUUCAUCUUCUUUAAUAUGUUACAAACUUACAAUUUUGUUUUAGACAAGUUCCCACAAGCCUCUCUGUUCAAGUGUUUGUUAUUUAUCCUUUUACCAUUUGUUUGUCCAAUUUAUUGGUCAAUGCUUAAGGCUUUGGCUUGUUCUGCUCUUGGUGGAGUUCAAACUCUUCAUCUAACCGAUAACAAAAGGUUAUUUUUGGUUUGACUUGUUUCUCGUUCCGGUUUAGUUCGUCAGAUCAAGAUCUUUACCGAUAGUUGAUAUAUUAUUCUAUCUGUAUAUUCUUGAUGAUUAGUAUUUCAAAAAGUGGACGUGCCGGAGUGGUUAUCGGGCAUGACUAGAAAUCAUGUGGGCUUUGCCCGCGCAGGUUCGAAU